GGGGCCAGGCGCGGCAGCUGAAGUUCCGAGGCAGAUAGAGCCGAGGAGGCGGCGUGGGCACUGAAGUGUGCAGCGACGUCGCCUUAUCCAUGGAGGGGCGAGAGGGCGACUGGGAUCUGCGGGGCGGCUGCUGCUAGGGCUGUGCCGGAGCCUAAUGCAUGGUACUGCCCAGCACGCUCUGUUCCGGCGGCAGCUGCUGGCUCUUCCGCGAAGCUCAGCGGCCCCACCGCUCUGCUGGCGCUGCGGUGUAGCCUAGUGCAUGAUGCCGCGCAGGAUCCACUCAGAUCGCUGUUGGAGCCUAGUGCAUGGUGCUGACCGGCCAGCCCGGCUGCUACUGGGACGAGCUAUAAAGAGUAUACAAGGCUUGGGUACUGGAACCAUGAUCAACUCCUCCAAGAAGAAGGAACUAGAUUUAGAAAAAAGCAGUGAAAAAGCAGGAGAAAGCACGUGGCAAUGUAUCUACCCAAAUGAGAGGAGAGAGAAGAAUCAAGUUUAUGCUCUUCUUAACAUCAGUAAGAAUAUAUUUGAACAAGAGGAAAGGUCCCUGGAAUAUGUUAUCAGGACAGGAUGGGAAGAAGCUGUGCAAGGCUGGGGUAAAGCUGCUCCAUUUGCUUGCCUUCAGUUGCAAAAGCAAGCCAAGAAAUCAAGGACAAAUGAAACUGUUAACAGUUGCCUGUUUUGCUUAGAUAUGAGGCAAAAUAAUGACAGAAGUGUGAGCCAAGAAACCAAGUCUACAAGGGAUCAAUCAAAAUCUGAUUGCAAAUUAAGCACAGAAAAGAAAGAGGUCCCGGUCCAUUCCAGCGAGUCCUCCAGCUGUACUACCACAGUUGAUAGUAAGAGAGAAGGCUGUAAUGGCAAGUUACGCUCCACUGAGACAUUUCAAGGUGAAAAGAAAAGUUUGCCAGUAAAAGAAUAUAGUGCAUGGCAUCCAGAAAAAGUGAAAACCCCAGAAACCCUAAAAUGUAAAGUUGUAAAGACCCCUGAGCCUACCAUGCCUGCUCCAGGUAUAUUUGAAGAUUCAGAGCAAAACUCUUUGCUGGUAUUGCCACCCGUGAAAGAUGCAACUCCAAAAGACAGUGCAGAUUCUUCUUUAAAGAAGAGCAAAACAGUUAUGUCCCAAUCAAAUCAGAAAAUGCUCAAUGCUACUUCAGUGGAGACUGCUUCUGGUAGUAAGGGUACUAGAACAAUAGAUCAAAAGGAUGAAAAAGAAAAUAACUGUAUAAUUCAUGAUACAGUGAAGGAGAAAAAAAUUUGUGAACCAUUAUCUUUUAUCCCAAUGUUUCCAAAAGCAUUCCUACAAGGAGGCACUGAGCAGUUACACUGGCCCUGUGCUCUUUGGUCAGAUAGAAAAAUUACAACCACUUCUAAUUCUGUUUCUUUGAGAAAGAACAGUCAUCUUGCCAACAUGCAGUUUCUAAAUGCAAAAGGAUUACAGUAUACAAACCAUGAUAAAAUCAGAAGUCCUUUCACCAACAAUAUUAAAAACAGAAGUCUCUCAGAGGCUAAGCAAGGAAAUGAAUCAAAACCACAGGCCGUGCAACUGCUUCCUGGACUAUUCCCUUCCUUAACGGUAAAAGACAGGGGUAGAAAUGUUCCUUUCACCUGUUACCAAGCGCAAAAUAAGUCUAAAAAACCAAAGACAAAGAAAACAGUCAUUCACUUACCCCACAUAGAUAUAGCAUCAAAUGCCAACAAAAGAUUGGCUCAAGCAACCAAGUCUACAUACAAGCGAUCAAAAUACAGUUGCAAAGUAACUGCACAUGAUGUAGGAGACAAAGUUUCAGGAAAAGAAGAGAUUCCAAUCUGUUGUAGACAAUCUUUCAAUUUUGUUCCUCCAACAGAUGGCACUAAAGGAGAAAUGAGUAAUGGCAAAUUGAAUGCUACUCAGACUUUUCAAAGUAAAAAGAAUACCAAGAACUUGCCAAGAAACCAGUACAAUAAAAAGCAAUUGGAAAAGCUGAUAAGCAAAUCUCUGAACUGUAAAAAUAUGAGGCUGCCACACACAAGCCAUGGUAAUCUUCAUGAUAGCCUGAGAUAUGUGACCUUAAGGACAUUACUGGAUUUGUUUCCACUGAAAGAAACAUCUCCCUGUUUGCCUUUAGAGCCUUCUUCUACGAAGAGGAAAGCAAUUUCCAUCCAGGGAAAUGAGAGAACUCUUAAUCCUGCUUCGACCGAGACUGCUUUCUGCAUCCCGGUACUAAAACAAAGCAAGAAAGUGAAAAGUGACUUGUUGACAGCAUGAAGAAUACAGACUUGGAUCAAAUAAAAAUCAAUGCACCAUGA